AUGUCCGUCGUAAAAAAGAAGAAACGUGUUUCUAAAAAGAACAAAAAGGCGUGGGGAAAAUAUUGUGAUAUUCGCGAUGUGGAGGAGUUCCUAGAAGAUCAACGAUUGGAAGAGAGAUUAGGCAAGUUUGAAACAAAGCCAGAUAGCGAGUUGUUUGUGAUAGACACAGGAGAAGAAGCUAAAGCUGAUGAUGAGGUUGAGGACAAGAAGCCUCUGUCAGCUAAGUUGCAGAAGAGAGCCAAGCUGAAAGAGCUACCUAGAUGCUUUGAAGUAUUGAUGCCAACUUCCAAGGUCCAAGAUCCAAAUGCAAAACGUAAUCGUGUAAAUCCAAUUGGAUCCAAGAAAACAGCAUUAAGCAAAUUGUCUGAAAAGAGAAAAACAGAAAAGAAAAUAUUUGAGAAGAAGCUAGAGGAAGCUAAGAAGAAUAGGAAAAUGGCUAGAGAUAAAAAAAGGAAAGAAAAGAAAGUUAGAGAGAACUUCAAUUUGGAUUUGUGGGGAAAUGAUUUACCGGAAGCUAAAGGCAUACCAGAGACCCUCUGUCACGAGUUCAUUUCUACCGAAGCCCAACUGCAUAAUGUAUUGACCACACAGAGACUCCGGCCGAAGCCCCCAGUAGCCAAAACUUUAGCCACUCGUCCAGCUGUUGAAGUACCUCAUCCAGGAGUCAGUUACAAUCCAUCAUUUAAGGAACACCAAGAACUUCUUCAAGAAGUAGGCCAACACGAACAGAAGAUGAUGAAGCGUGAGGCACACCUCCUCAGAGUCACCACCGGCAUGUUCCGUAGGGUUACACAGCAGGAAAAAGAAAAUCAAUGGAAAGAAGAGAUGUCAGCUGGCCUCCCUCAGCCCCAUAACCCGGCUAAUGACCCUGAACCAGAGUCGGAAACAGAUAACGAGUACAAGGCUAUCAAUCCGCCUGUCAAGAAUAAGAAGAAAGAUCACAAAGCUAGAAGGAAACAGAAGGAGCAGAUUUUAGAGAAGGAAAGGUUGAAACGAGAGAAAAUCAACAAGAAGAAGAUUACAGAUCUUUAUAAGCUACGCCAACUCCAGUCGUCGAUCUCUGAGAGCGAGCAGCAGCAGGCGAGCUCGCGCGACAAGCGCGUGCAGACGCGUGCCGCGCGCGCCGCCGCCGCCCCCCCCGCGCUCAGCGCGCACGCCGCGCCGCGACCAGAGCCCGACUUCGUGGACCCCGCGCUGCUCAGCGGGGACCUCAGGAACGUUAAGACCAACUCAAACCUCCUCCGCGACCGCUUCGAGUCCCUCCAACGCCGCGGAGCUCUCGCCGCCUCCAAGGUGAUGAUGAAGAAGAAACGUAAACUCAAGAGUUACUUUAAACCCGGACACAAAGUCACCGACAAUGACAUCGAGAAGUUCUUAAAAAGAAAUGCAGAGAAGAAGUGA